AUGGCUCUUCUAUUAUUACGGCAUUCAUUAGUUGUGACAGAAGCUGAUGAUGAAGACUCGGCUACCAUUUUUUCUCUUUUCUUGCUUCGAGUUGCUGGGUUUCUUUUGCCGUGCUGCAUCAUGGCCUGGGCUAUCAGUAUCUUGCAGCAUCGUAGGCAAAGACAGGAGGCAGCUGCAUUGGCAGCAACACAAUUUGCAUUUGUGCUACAAUCAGGCCAAACAAGGGGUGUACAGUUCACAAUAGGAUCGACAGUGCCCUCAGUGCCUCCACAGCAGGAACAUGUUUAA